AUGGAUGAUAACGUCGAGACAUUUACCGAUCUAUCGCAACAACUUGUUGUAGUUCAACACGAGUGGAAUGAUAUGGACAUGGGCACAAUGCAAGCCGAAGCCAUCGAGGAUCUAAAGCAAGUUGCUGGUACUUAUGGUCUAGCUGAUGAUCCGCAAACAAUCUUAUUUAUUGAUUUAAUAGCUUCCGCAACACAUUAUGCAUCGACACGAUUUACAACCCGGUUCAAACAUUAUCUUAAAAUGAUAAAUAUUACUCAACAACUUGCGAGAGAAAUAGAAAAAGAAACAAAAGAAUUUAAAGAUAUUGCUUCGGCAUUUGAUCAAAUACUACGUAAAUUUAUCGAUGAAGUCGUUGAAAUUCAACGCGAAGCUGCUGUCUUACUUCCGUUAUUGAAACAAGUAUCAAACCAUUUAGGAUUAAUUCAGAAAAUUCUAUCAUCAUUUAGCACAGAUACACCUGGGGCGGUUGAAACGUUGGAUAAUGGAAAAAUUAUUGCAAUCAAAAUAUCUGUAAGGCGAUUAGGUGAUAGAGCACGUGAUUUUCAUUAUAGAGCUCAAAGUAAAAGAAAUGAAAUAUCACUAUUAAAAACGAAAAUACAUUUAUUACAUAACAAAGUGGAAGAAAAGAAGAAUGUUACUGAUAAACGGAUGCAUUUCCUUACCGUGGGUACUAUAGGUGGCGCGGUAGGCGGUGCAAUAGGAGGAAGUGUAGCCGGUGGUGCUAUUGGUGGAACGGCUCUUGGUAGUGCAGGCGCAUUAGUUAUUGCAGGAUCCGCGUUUCCGCCGGUUGGUGCUGUAUUUAUAAUGAUUGGCGUAGGAGCCAUUAGCAUUGGUGGUAUUUUGGCUCUUAUUCAAUUUAUUCGACGACGAAAAUUUCGAAAAUAUCAAGAGACAGCACAAAAAUAUUUAGAAUGUAUUUCGGCUGGUUUAGAUGAUAUGUCACGUCAUACGGAUGAAAUUUCGCAAUUAUUGAGUAAAACAUCGGAAAAAUCAAUGGCUGUCUCAUUAGACAUGGAGAAUAUCGAAGAUAGCUUGUUGAGUCCGGCGCAUGCUGAAAUGAACUCUGGUAUUUGUCAAAAAGCAAACCAAUCAACAAAGGAAACAAUUGAAUGUCUUGAACACAUAUGCGAUUUUAAAUGGUACAAUAUUUUAGAGAAUCAUCGUCAGGCGAUUUUGCCCCUGACAUAA